AAAAAAUGGAUCUUAAGAUUAAUUAUUAACUCCAGAUUAAAUCAAAUAAAGAAUUAAUUUCACAACGUUUAAUUGUAGAUGGGGUGUUCACUCAACAAGGAGCCAACAAGUAGUAACAUCUGCUCUAACUCUACUAUGGAGUAACUAACUCUACUUUUGAGUACCUAACUCUACUUUUGAGUACCUAACUCUACUAUUGAGGCACUGCAUGGGACGAACCGGGACAAAAUGUUAAGAAGAAAAGAGGAAAAGAUAAUCACCUAUCUGGAGGAGGUAGACUCGUCUUCUGCUGACGAGGAAUUCAACAGUAAUGAUUUAAGAAAUGAAUUAACCACCAGAGGGUUCGAGGAUGAAAUUGAAAGGAGAAAGUUAAAAUGGUGGGAGUUCCUACUCUACAAGAAAGAGAUGAGAAUAUUCUACCUUGUCCUGCUCUGCUUUGGACUCGUUAUUGGUGUUCCAUCUAUUAUGGAAUACACAGGAUAUAUUUCUGCUCAGGACUCUAACUCUAAAUAUUCUGGAACUUGUGGCGUCAAGGAUUCCUUCAGAGUAGAUUGUCUUCCUGAUAUAAACAUAUUCUCAGUUGAAGUUUGUGAGUCCCGAGGAUGCUGCGUAGACAGAGAUGAGAAUAAUGUUUUCUACUGCUAUCACAGGUUACCGUCUCCGGUGAGUAUGACCUACAAGAGUUAUUCUCCAGAUGGUAGUUCAGGAGUUCUCACAGGACAAGGAUAUACUGGGAAUAAAACAGACGCUGACUACAAGGUAACGUCUGAUCAUGAAGGUCAUGUCAUGUUUGAAGUUGGAUCCGUCCUGUCUCCGGGUUUGACCGGAAAUGAAGAUUCUCCUGACCCUAUGGUUACAACAGUAUCAUGUCCAGGAGGGAAUUGUGUACCUGGAACAAUUAUGACCAUUGAUGUUGGGUAUCAUUCAGAGACGUAUACAGGGGGAGGGCCGAUGGGGCUUAGUCCCCCCUUAGGGGGGUUUCAGAUUCCAACGGGCACUGAGACGCCCCCUGGAAAAAAAAUAAUAAGCCCUCUGGCCAUGGAAAAAUUCCUGUAUACGCCCCUGGGCUAUUAUUAACUUUUAAACCUACAUAUUUUAUAUGCAU